GUGUUUUAUAAAUUAUUAGACUUAUAUACAUGAAAAUAUUAUACCUAUACUUGAUGAAUAGAAUAUUUUAUAUUUUAUUUAUAUAUUAUAUAAAUUGAUUAUGAUAUGUGGUUUUUACUUUUUAUUUAUUACUAAUAAAUAUCAGAAAAUAUUUAAUAUGUUAAUACAAAAUAUAUUAGGAAAUCUAUUGGAAAAUCAUUUUUGAUUAAGAUUCGAUUAAGAAAAUCUAUAAUUUAAAUUAGAAAAAGAUAAACAUACUUAAAUAUAGAUUCAAUAAAUAUUUCAAUGACAUGUCAAUGUAAUUAAGUGGUCAAAUUAAGGAGUAAUCUAAUUUUGUAAAACCCCUUUUAAUAGAUUAUAUUAGAUAGCUAAACCAGUAGAAAUAAGACAAGUAUACAAUUGGUACAGUAUAAAAGUGUCAGAAUUUUUUUUAUGAAGAAACGAUGGUUAUUCUUUUCACUACUUCUCUCCUACUUUUCUUUAUUAUAUCAUUUUCUUUUGUUCAGGUACUGGUUUACAUACCCCCGCAGCGUGUGCUCUGAGUUAUAUAUUAGGUUAAAUGAAACUAAUUCACAAAAAUAUUUACAUUUUCUUUGUUAAGCAUAUGAUGGGCCUGGCUUCUAAUGGGAUCAUAACCGUUUUAAUAUUCGAAUUCAUCGGGACCGGGUUCGGGUCUUACAAGAAUGUAUAUCAUGUCCAUAUAGAUAAUUUGAAGAGGUAGUUGUUAAAAGAAAAGGAUAAUUUAAACAUGUAAAACGUGAAAAUGUUAUAAAUCAUUUUGAAAUAUAGCGAAAGAAAAAUAAAUAAAGACCAUAAUGUGAUAGCAAUUAAAUCCACCAAUCAUGGCAGCAACUAAAACUUUGGCUAAUAGACACAAAUAUUUUUGAACAAGAAGUUUGACUGAUUUAUUUUGGUUUACUGUUGAACGUUGACUGAUAUUUAAUUGAAAGACACCGUGACUAUAAAUAGAGACUACUGCAUCACACACUUAAGUCAUUCAGAAACAUAAAGAAAAAGAAAAAUAAGAAGAAUAUACACAAAUUUAGCAACAAAAAAUUACACAAGAAAAAAUUACACAAGAAAAAAUGGGGAAAGUAAUGAGCAUGGUGUGGAUAAUGAUGAUACUAGCCGUAAUCGUCAUAGAAGGUGAAGCAAAAUCGGAAAUUGAAUGCAGUAAGAUCUGUCGUGACCAUUGCAAGCGCUCAUCACCAGCGUCAGAAUGUGCAGCUUGUCGUACAGUAUGUUACAAGUCUCCACCAGUUGCAAUGAGAAGAAGGAACCGUCGCAUGGUUCCGGAAGUACACAUACAACAAUAGAUACUACUUGUUUUUAUUUAAAUAUAUGUAACGAUAUAUACAGAUGGUGAUUUAUAUAUGUAUGGAUGUUGAGUCGUCCAAACCUUUUAAUACUUUUAAAAUCCGCGCCUUGUGCAGGAUAAACAUUAUAUAUAAAAAUUAUUUUAUGUAUUAUAUGUUUUAUAUUAUGAAAUAAUAAAUAUAUAUUGAAUAAUUAAAAUUCAGUAACUAUUUCAUAUAUAAUUAAAUUGGUGCAAACAUAUAAAUAAAUUUUAUUAAUUGAAACAAUAGUUUUUAUAUUUGAUAGGAUAUAUAACUA